GUCGGUUCUCUUCUGGUUUCUGGUGUCUGAUCAUGGAUCUGCGUUGGAUGAUCCUCCCGGUGUUUCUGGUGUUUCUGGUGUUUGUUGAGGCCGAGAACGUGACCGUAGUCAAGGCAACACUGAGUCAAAACGCCAUCUUUACCUGCUCGGGGGACAUUAAAGACACAUACUGGUACAUCGAGAUUAGCAGCCAGGUCAAAGGAUUUAUCGCCCAGACCUUCUCAAUGGAUCCCAAUGAUACCCGGUAUGACAUUCAUACAACUUUGAAAACCAAAUAUGUUGCCAAGGGAAACAUAUUUGAGAUUACAAACAUCACAGCAGGGGAUUGCCGGCUUUACUUCUGUGCCAGAAAGGAAGGAGGCAACAUCACUUUUAAAGACACUUUUCUCCUUGUUUCAGAUGAUCCUAUAACUCCGUCCACCAACAACAACACUGAAGGAAACCAUCAACAGCAGCAGAACAGCUGCAUACUGUGCCAGAGUGAAGUCAUUUACAGCUCGUUGGCCCUGAAUAUCCUCUUCAUCUUAGUGAUAAUAGGUUUGGUUUUAACUCUUCUGUGUUUGAAGAGGAAGAAGUGUAACUGUCACAGGACUGAUCCGUCAUCUUGCAUCUAUGACAACCUGCAGAGGAAGAAGUGUAACCGUCAGGGGACUGAUCCAUCAUCUUGCAUCUAUGAGAACCCAGAGACUAUGGAGAUGCCAAAGUACAAGGAGAUCCAGCUCAGAAAAUUUCCACCAGCUGUUGCUUCUUCAGAGACUAUUUACUGUUGGCCUCAGCUGCCUCCAAACCCCAGAAAGAAAGAAAAAGACAAAAACAAACCGACUUCUGGUUGA